GCCAUUAGAGUCGCGUCUUUUGCGCAUGACCCAUCACUAGCUCCGAUCCAAACAUCCUGCAGCCUCACACCGCCACCACCUGGGAGGAGCUGGAAACACUGGGAUCACCGGGACCUGAACGCCUCUCAGCCGCCGCCGCGUCGACGCUUAUCAACGCCUGUUUUAACGUUUCUCUCUCUUCAAACGGAAAAACCGUGAACAUAACGGCGGUGCUGGAUACCGGGAGGACGGUAUGGGGGAGCUCACGGCGUUUGUGCUGUUACUUGCGGCGACCUUGACGCUUUCAUCCGAGGUGCCUGCCGAUGACUCUGUGGGUUUGCUAACUGAACCCCAGGUGGCCAUGUUCUGCGGGAAGCUCAACAUGCACAUCAACGUACAGAGUGGCAAAUGGGAGUCUGACCCCUCCGGCACCAAGAGCUGCACUGGCACCAAGGAGGGCAUCCUGCAAUACUGCCAGGAGGUGUACCCGGAGUUGCAGAUCACAAAUGUUGUGGAGGCUAACCAGCCCGUCAGCAUCCCCAACUGGUGCAAGAAAAGCCGCCAGCAAUGUCGCAGUCAUACACACAUCGUGUUGCCAUACCGCUGCCUGGUUGGCGAGUUUGUGAGCGACGCCCUGCUUGUUCCUGACAAGUGUAAGUUCCUGCACCAGGAGCGUAUGGACCAAUGUGAGAGCCACCUGCACUGGCACACUGUAGCCAAAGAGUCCUGCGGAGAUCGCUACAUGAAUCUCCACGACUAUGGGAUGCUGUUGCCAUGUGGUAUUGACCGCUUCCGAGGAGUGGAGUUUGUGUGCUGCCCAGCAGAGGUGGAACGAGAGUCAGACAGCGCGGAGCUAGAAGGAGAGGAGUCUGACGUCUGGUGGGGUGGCGCUGAGACCGAAUACUCUGAUAACAGCAUGACGCGUCCAUCAGACACAGAGCCAGCCACAGCCGAGGACGACGAAGACGAAGAGGCAGACACCUUUGAAAGGGAUGAGAAUGGAGAUGGGGAUGCGGAUGACGAGGACGACAUCGACAUGACUGACGAACGGUACAGUGAUGAACGCAAUGCCAACAUCGCCAUGACAACCACUACCACCACAACAACCGAAUCAGUUGAAGAAGUCGUUCGAGCGGUUUGUUGGGCUCAGGCUGAGUCAGGCCCGUGUCAUGCCAUGCUGGAGCGUUGGUACUUCGUGCCUGAGCAGGCCCGCUGUGCUCCCUUCUUGUUUGGGGGCUGUGGGGGCAACAGGAAUAACUUUGACUCGGAGGAGUACUGCCUAGCUGUCUGCAGCAGCUCGUUGCCCACCAUGGCUCCCAGUCCUCCAGACGCCGUGGACCGGUACCUUGAAUCUCCUGGCGACGACAACGAGCACACUGACUUCCAGAAGGCCAAAGAAAGCCUUGAGGCCAAACACCGUGAAAAGAUGUCCCAAGUGAUGAGGGAGUGGGAAGAGGCUGAGAGACAAGCCAAGAACCUUCCUCGCGCUGACAAGAAAGCAGUCAUCCAGCAUUUCCAGGAAAAGGUGGAGGCUCUGGAGCAGGAGGCAGCAGGAGAGAGACAGCAGCUAGUGGAAACCCACAUGGCCCGGGUGGAAGCUCUGCUCAACAGCCGCCGACGUCUUUCUCUGGAAAAUUACCUCAGUGCCCUGCAGGCCAAUCCUCCUCGGCCCCGCCAGGUACUGAGCCUGCUGAAGAAGUACGUCCGUGCAGAACAGAAGGACAGGCAGCACACACUGAAGCAUUACGAGCACGUUCGAACCGUUGAUCCCAAGAAGGCCGCUCAGAUCCGACCUCAGGUUUUGACCCACCUUCGUGUGAUUGAUGAGAGGAUGAAUCAGUCUUUAGGUCUGCUCUACAAGGUGCCCAGUGUGGCUAAUGAGAUCCAAAACCAAGUCGCGGUUAUAAUGCAGAGAGUUCAGUCGGAGCUGUCUCAGCAAGUCUCUUCCCUGCAGAGCGAUGGGCGGGUGGAUGGCAGGGUGAGUUACGGUAACGACGCUCUGAUGCCUGAUCAGGCCUACAGCUCGGCCCCCAUGGACCCCGGCCUGGAUGGGCUGGGCUUCAUUCACCCCGAGAGCUUCAACCAGCCCAACACAGAGAACCACGUUGAGCCCGUCGAUGCUCGUCCAAUUCCAGACAGAGGACUUCCCACACGACCUGUAUCUGCCCUGAAGCCAGAGGAGAUGCCUGAAGUACGGAUGGAGACUGAAGAGAGGCAGAGCACCGGUUAUGAAGUUUACCAUCAAAAACUGGUGUUCUUUGCUGAGGACGUGGGGUCCAAUAAAGGCGCCAUUAUCGGGCUCAUGGUUGGAGGGGUCGUCAUAGCAACUGUCAUCGUCAUCACCUUGGUGAUGCUGAGGAAGAAACAGUACACUUCUAUUCAUCACGGUGUGAUUGAGGUGGAUGCAGCAGUGACACCAGAGGAGCGUCACCUGGCCAAGAUGCAGCAGAACGGCUACGAGAACCCCACCUACAAAUUCUUUGAGCAGAUGCAGAACUAAAGAGCUGCUCGCCAACAUUUCCUGCAGGCGUUUCCCAGCCCCACCCUAGGGUCUGUUCCAUUCUGCUCCCUUGCUCUCAGCCCCUACGCCUUUCACCCUGUUUUGGGGGGGAGGAAGGGUGUGAGGAUUACCGCAAAGGCUGAUUUUUAACAUAAAUCUUUGUAUGUCUCGGUCAGGGGGGGUUGGACCAAAGGAAACUGACAUGGAACAAAGCCUUCUUAAUCCCUUAUCCCUUGAUUGUACAGAACAAACACUCGAGCUUACAUUUCCCGGCAAACGGUUAGACAAGGGUUCCCUGUUUCACCUGCACAUUUCAGCCAAUCACAGCAAAGUCUUCAUAGUGUUUGUACUGAAAACCCCGCUGACUGGUUAUACGAGUCACCACAGCACUACGCUCACAGCCGAGACCAUAAACGCGUAACUCCCAGUCUCUCCCCUUGUCGCUCCUCAAACUGCCCCACAUGCCCCUCCACCCUCCUCGCUGCCCCACUCUCAGAUGACAGAUGAGGGCUCUCAGAGCAACCCGCCGUACGAUUCAAGUGUUUCAGGUUUGUUUUUCAAAAAAGGAGGAAAAAAAAUAGCAGAAAAAAAUACAUAAUCAAAAUAUAUAAAAGCUGAAAAAUAUUGAAUGUUUUGUUUUCUGAUUUUUUUUUUUUAAUGUGUAAUAUAUUAAGACAGAGAUUAGCUGUAAGUAUAUGUAGUGCAUGGCAAUAUUGAUGACUGAUAAAGUAUACUUUAUGUGGAGGAACUCCGGAGCGCUCCUCUCCUUAGAUAUUUUAGCAGGAUUGUACAUUUCUAGUGUCUUCUUUGUGAACCUGUGAUAUGAAGAAGAAAAAGAGUAUUCAGAAUCUGGUCUGCUUUGUCGUCACACAGACUUGCUUUAACUGAAUCUUGGCUCUUAAUGCUCAUCUCCAUGCUUCACUGUUGUGUUAGCUGCAUGGGCAAAAACGCUCUCUACGUAUGUAAUAUAUGAAGUGUAAUAGUAUCCGAAAGGAAGAUGAUUGUGUUACUGUUUGCGUUCUAUGCACUCUUGUCAUUUUGGAAGUCCGAUAAUUGCCACCAAAUAUUAUUGCUGUUACGUCUGAUGCCAACUGUCGCUGCACUUUGGGUUUUUAUUAGAAGAAGAGGAUAAAGGUCAAAAAUUUAGAAGGUUUUUAUGAAAGCGUUGUCAUUCCAGAUUUAGCAUUCCACUGUUUGUAAAUAUUUGGACGUCUGGCUCUAACUGGCCCAUUUUCGUUUUAUCGUCAUCUUUCUUUCCAAAGCCUCGUUUGUCAUAUUUAUCCCCUUGCUCUAGUUGUGUCAGCAAUAUUGUACAGUGCAGCACUUGAGAGUCGGCGAGUGAUAAAUAGAGACUUGUUGGGCCUAAAAAGAUCAGACAUUUUCCAGAUGCUCCAAUCUCCUUCUCCAAACACAUUCCUUCACCAAAUCUCUCACACACAUUCUAUUUUUCUACAUCUCCUGUGUAUACAUGUACAGUGCUUCUGUUUGUCCUGUGGUGAUUAUUUCUUUGCCUGCAUAUCUGUUGUCGAAUCUAUAAAAGUCCUCACAAAGAGGCGACAAGUUACCACAUCUUGCACCAACAGAGACACAUUUCCCACUCCCUGAAUUAAGUUAUUAGUAGACAUGAAUGUGACAUGCAUAUUGUGCAUUUUUUAUCAUAGAAAUACAACACAUAUCACCUCUACGCAUUGUACCCACAUGUGUACAGACACUAAAUGAAGCUCUUAAUCAGGUGAAUGUUUAAAAUUUGUAUUGAUGCUCACUCUGGGUGUCUUUGAAGCCUAGUGAUUAAAAAUGAUGUUUUUUCUCAUUGAUUCAGUGACCUUCCUCCAUGUGUAGUUAAAUGAACCAUUAGCUUAGAGUAAGAAAAAGCUUUCUACACUCACUAUACCAUGAAUAAAAUUUUGAAUGUA